AUGCGGGGGGAUGACGACGAAGUAGAAGACAUCGUGGGUGACGUACAGUACACAGAUUCUCAAAAAAGUGUAACCACAUCGGCCGUGUAUUCCAAAGACUUCACCGACAGCAGUCCGGAGAGACACAACUCUUCAGGGAAGCAGACUUAUGUGCUGGAUCGGGAUAGCGAUGACAGCGAGUCGACCUUCCGGCUUCACAGAGACCAAAGGCUGAUAAACCUAAACGAAGUGAUGCUACCAAAAACUGAUAUGCAGCAAAUGUUGUAUGACGAAAUUAAUAAAUCUAUUCGUGCAAAUUUCAGACCAGAACGCACCAUAUUGACCCACGACUACACGCAAACAAGUAAAACUAUUAUUGAACUCGCCCAAACUGAAAUUGUAGUAAAAAAAUCAAUGCAAACUAAAUCUCUAGAGACGCAAACCUCAUUUCAAUGCCUGACUGAAUACAAAACAGUAGUUAAAGAGUAUAAUAAUAAAAACGAAGUCGCACAUAACGUUAUCAAAGAUAUGGAUGAUAUAAAGAAAUUAUUUUUACAACAACAUCCAAAUGUGAACGACAAUGUAACGCUAAUUCAAAAAAGCGGACAGAAUAAUAACGACGAACAAAGUGUAACUGAGGAAAAUUCGCUUUCAGUUUAUGAAGAAUCUGAAAUUAAAAACGAAACAAUAACAUACAGUAAUCACAGCUCUGAAGAUCGGAUCAUACCGUUCAUAGACGAUGAAUCAAAAAACGACGAAGAUCAAAAUAAUAUACACGAAGAGAGUGAAUGUGAUUCAUUAAAAUAUGAAUCUGAUAUUGAAGAAGACUCUUUAAUGUUGGAAAAUGAACAUGCUGACAAUAGAGAGAGAGGAGACAACGCCAGUGAUACCAGUGAGACAAAAACUUCUGUAGACAACGAUGUUCAUGAACUUUACAGUAAGUUAUCAGAAAGUCCACUGUUGUUCUCCUCAGAUGUUACCAUUGAACCAUGUGCAUUAAAAUUAGGAACACUAACACCCCUUACUGAGGAAACUUCACAAAGAAAAAGCUGCCUAGACAUAACGAACAGUUCCCAAACACUCAUGGAACCCUAUAUAGACAAAAAUGAAACACUAUUUGUCAAGAACGAUGAAGAAGUUAAGAUAUUAACCAACAACGAGGUUAUCAGAGAAUAUGAGAACUUCAAGCUACCACCAAUACCUAACAAAACCUACCCUAAUAGCCCACACAUAAACUUUUUGUUUUCGGUGAAAACUAAUCCAAUACCUUCGGUGAAAACUGAAAGGUUGCCAAACUUAUUUGAAGAUCGCAACGAUAUAUAUGAGCAUAGAUGGGAAGUCGAAGCAAAGAAAUUAGGAUCUGGUGAGAGUCCAUUUACAAAUGGAAGAAGCGGUAUGUAUCAUAUCAAGACACCAAGGGAUUCUUUCUACUUGCCUCCCAUCCAGAUGGAAGGUGUUAUUUACCAUAACACCACCACGAGCUCCGUAUCACCUGAACAGAACUCAUCUCCGCCUGAAAAUAAUGACGAUGCAAUCAGCAUCAGAAGCAGAAUCAAAGAGCUCAAAACGAUGACAAGUAAUAAGACUAGGAGUUCGGGACACGUAGCUAUAUAUGAUUUUUUGUGCUCUCUAUUAAAUAUUAUUUUAAAAUAUAGAUCGCGGAUGGAGAAAAGGAAUUGUUCGCCAAAAAGUAAUUCUUCACGUCAAGAGAGAUUGUGUGACAUCGUUGAACGAGGAUGUGACAGCCUUUGUACAGAACUGAUCCGGAGACUACGUUCAUCGUCUUGGCUAGAAGUGGUAGAAACUAUGGAGGACAUACCGAGAGCACUAGAGAAAUACUGGACUGUUCUAACGGUAACUCGAACGGCUGACAUUUUAAGACAGGUGAUGGUCCACAUCGACUCCCCGCGGACGCAAGUAGCUCGCUCUGCGUGUACGGCUCUUGCGGAAAUACUCAAAAACACCAAUUACACUAGAAAGCCGGACUUCUACGAGGGCAUGUCGAUGCUGCUGACUAAGACGGGCAGCUUCAGCCGGCCGGUGCGGCGCGCGGCCAACGUCGCGCUCGACGCCAUCGCGUGCCGCGUCGACGUGGCGCACACCGCCAGCGCCAUUUGCGUCUUCGGAGUCGAGCACAAAAGCGCCCUGGUGCGUUGUGCGUCAGCGCGAGUUCUGGUCGUGUGCUGCGCGCUGGCCGAGGGCGGGCGGCAGAUCCUGCGAGCGCGCCCGCCCACCGCCGCCACCGCGCGGACGCACGUGCUGCGCGCCCUGGCGCUGCUGCUGCAAGACAAAAACGUCGACACUAGGAAGUACGCGUUGCGUCUGUACGCGCUGCUGCGUCCGCUGCCGACGUUCGAGGCGUACUUCCUGACGGACGUGGACGCCGAGCUGGCGGUGCGGCACAUGAAGAAGUACGACGCGGUGCUCGCGCGCCACAAGCGGGAUAGUGUGACGUCACUGUCUAUCUUCAGUUGAAUGUUGUCAAUAUGCCACUCGAGGAUCAACCAUCUAAUGGACCGAACACCACCAGAUUAACAACCUAGAACUUGUGAUACCAGGCGUUGGCAUGGUAUCCGCUGGACGUCCACCGCUGGACAUUGUUACGUUUCGCCACGUGAGACCAACGAUUUGUUGGUUGACAGCCGAUAAACGAACACUUGAUGUAUCAAUCACACAGACAUAGAUUUACAACAAAACUGGUAUAAAAAGGCGUUUCCACGUUUCGUUACUUCAAUAAACCCAUACGCAACCUAGAAUCAAUGUUAACCAGAUGAAGCAAUUAAGGGGAAGAUCCAGGCGCAGCAAACUUUUCGGUUCAAUGUUUCCUAUCCAAAGUGUGAAACGCGCUUUCGAUAUAAGUUUCACUACCAUAUAAAACUGAAACAGAUUCAAGGCACCUAUUGGCCAUUGCAAGGUCAGGUGCAAGGCAAGGUAAAUGGGCACUUUCUAGUAUCAAGUGCGAACCAUCUUAGACAUCAUCAUUUGUCGGGAUUUAUUUUUAUUUUUAUACUGUUUGAUUACUUUUGGGCCGCACGGGCUAGGGCUCCCUUGUGCCGGGAGCCCUUGGUAUUUUUCCAUCCUGACUACAAAGGUUACCAUUAUAUAAUGUCAGAGCCUAUCGCAGAUAUAGCUUUAUUUUGAAUUGUAAUAGAUAUUUGUUUAAUACGUACACUGCUGGACAUAGGCCUCUUACAUGGACCUCCAAGCACAACGGUCUCGAGCGCAUCCAGCGGCUCACUGCAACCUGCUUGAUAUCCUCGGUCAACCAACACAGCACUUUUCGGUGCAGGGUCGCCAUUCCAGCACCUUGGGAGCCCAACGUCCAUCGGCUCUUCGAACAUUGCCAGUACAGCUUUGCGACUCGCUGAGCUAUGUCAGUGACUUUAAUUCAUCUGCGGAUCUUCUCAUUUUUGAUUCGAUCACGCAGAGAGACUUCAAGCAUAGCUCGCUGCAUCGCCCGCUGAGUGACUUUGAGCCUUCUAAUAUAUUAUGCCUUAAGUAACUUCAACAAUAAAAAAUGUAGAUAAAUGUAUGUAGGUAUAACGUUGUUACAAUAACGAAUCAGACGUAAAGACCGAAUCGUUACGUUGAUAAAAACAUCGUUAUAACGACAAAAAUAAAAACGAUGCCGCGAUAAAGUUAUCGUAAACACAAAACAUUCACGCACAAGUACAAAGUAUAUACUUUACGUCCUAUCAGAUUAUUGACCUUAAUUUUUUUAUCUAAACUGUUGCAUCAUUUUACAAUUUUCCGUCGAUAUUAUCAAAUUUAUAUUACGUGUUGAAAAUACACUUAAAUGCGUAGUUUAUUGUCUGUACCUAGCUGAUUCACCCGCCAAAAAUAAAAACAAUUCAGCUUAAACAAUUUAGCUUCGUCAAUACAAUAUUGUUUUCAUUAAACGAGUAUCUACGAUGUACAAAAUUUUAACUUUUACAAUUUUAUUAUAAUAGUAAGAAUAGAUUGUACCGGUAUUCAAUUACAUACGGUAAUAUCGUACGUUUGUAUUGUAUGUAAUGUUUG